UGUGGAGCUUGGGAAGCAACUUGCCAAGAAGAUCGAACCUGAACUGGAAGAUGCUAAACAGCAAAUCUCAUCCCAUGACCCAUCUACUAAUGGACUCAUUAAUUUUAUUAAGUCCUACUGGUGAUGAGGUGCAAAAUUUCUUCCACAGUAGGCAUGGCUCAGACAGUUUGGUGGAAGGGUCACUAGCUUUCGCUUCAAUGUUCUUUCUGCAGCCAGGGUGAUAGGCUCUGUGUGGUGUAAUGUUGAUAUUGAUGUGAGAUGUAAAUUAUCAUUGUUAGGCUAGUAUUUUCUGUGAAAUACAAUACAAAUACAAAUUAUAGUUUAAUUAAACAUUGUACAUCAUGUCUGAGAAUGUUGAGUUCCUGUCGCAUAGUCUAAAUAUGGUUUUGAGUAAAUUAAAGUUGCUGAUCAGCCUCAGGUAUUUGUAUCUUUGUGAAUUUUAGUGAUUGUGCUCUAGAGAGUGUGACUUUAACAUUUUAUACAAUCCAGGAAAAUGUUCAUGAAAUUAAUUUUCGAUUUGCAAUAAUUAUGAAGUAUUGAUCCUCAAAGAGAAUUCUAUUUGAUUGAUUUCUGUACUACUGCCAUUUCAGUUAUUCUGCUGAUUGAACGUUCAUGCAAUAUUGACAAGAACUGAAUAUUCUGAGAUAUUCUGCGAUCUUCACUCAUUUUUAUUAUUUUUCUACUAGAAGAGAUUAAAAUGACAUUAACAGUGAUGAUUUUGAUCUGAAUAUAUUUAUUUUGUUGUGCCAUAUUCUAUUGGUAUUGGAGUGCUAUCUCAGAUGCAGUUAUAAUCAUGUGACUGAUAUUGUAAUACUACUUUAAAGAAAUAUUUGUACUACCUACUUUUUGUUUUUGAAACAGUGAGUUUGUUUUGAUAUACCUAGGUAAUUACUCAUUCACUGCCACAUAUAUUUUUGUAGACUUAUAAUGCAAACAAAUAGAAAUUCAUGAUAUCAUAGCUUUGAAAACUUUUGUCAAAUUUAGUUGUAAUAAAAAUGUAACUAAUAUGUGAAAAAAAUAUAAAUAUUUUUUAAAAAUAUGUGAAGUGUGUAGGAUAUCCUACAUUGUCACUGUGUGAAGCAAAUUAAAUUAAAUCUGAAAAUUGGAAAAUUUUUAAAUAUUCAAGGCCUUCAAUUUCAAGUUUCUUUUUACCGCUGGAUUUCAAACCUCAAAGUGGAAAAUUUUAGAUCCGAAGAGCUAAAUGAAGAAAAUUACAUAUUUGGUGCUGUUUUAUUCUUUAAGUAACUUCAUUAUGCAAGAGGUAAAUGAAUAAAAAUUGCUACCAGUUAUUGAAUUUAAAAAAAAUUCAGAGCAUUAAUUGAAUCCUUUAUUUCAGAAACCUGCCAAAAGCCAAAAUCUAAUAGAUGCAUUAGUAGAGGACUAUUGUUCCAAGAGAAUAGACAUAGUUUAGUGCAUAUUUAUAUGAAAAAUAUUCAUUUAUUAACUGCUUUAAUAAA